AUGGAUUAUCAACUUAAAACUCUUAUAUCCAUUAAUGAUGAUAUUAAAUCUAUUGCAAAAUAUGAAAAUAAUAUAUAUGUAGCAACUGAAGAAGAAUUAUUACAUUAUCAUAAAUUAGAUGAAUAUUCACUAAUAACUAAGCUACAAGUCAAAGUUGAUAAUUUGUUGGUUCAUAAUGAUUUAUUGAUUGUUUUGUCAAAUAAAGUUUCAAGUUAUUAUAGUCUACCUGAAUUAUCACCAUUUCAUUUAAAAAGAAUGAGAGAUGUAAUUAAUAUUUACAAUUGUAAACAAGAUCUAUUAGUGCUAUCAUCGAAUAAAGUAAGAAUAGUCUCCAUUGAUAAGGAAAUAAAGAUUUUACGAGAAAUAGAUUAUGCCGGGGCAAUUACUGCAUCUGGAUUAAAUUCAAUAGUUCUUGCAAAUAAUACAGAUUAUGAUUUAUACAAUCCAGAUAGAAUAGCUUUAUUUCAACAUAGUGGUAAACCAUGUAUUAAAUCGUUCGAAAAUGAAUUUUUAUUAACUAUACUGUCAAUUGCCAUGUUUAUUAAUGAACAAGGAGAUGUUACUCGAGGCACAUUAACAUGGGAAGAAGACCCAUCAAGUGUUGAAGUAAAAUGGCCAUAUGUAUUUGCAAUGACGAAAAAAUUGGUUAUAUCAUCAUUAGAAAGUUUGGAAGUGGUGAAAACAAUUGAUGUAGAAGGGAGAGUUCUUAUGUUGAGGGAGGAGUUAUACAUUGUUAAUAAAGGAAUUGUCAUGAUACUAUAUGAAGAUGAACAGGAAAAGGUUAAACGGCAAUUUGAGAAAGCAAAGGAAAAUAAUGAUCUAGAGUCAUUUUUGAAAUUAGAAACUAAUGAAUUGACUAUAUGGUUAAAAAUUGAAGCUUGUAAGAUACUUGAUAAAGAUCCUAUUGAUUUUUUGUUACAUCAAGACAUUCUAGAUCAAGAUGAAGUUUUUGAUUUAGUUCAAAAUAAAGAUAAAUUUGUAAAAUCAGUUACACCUAAAAGUAGAAAGCUACGAGAACAUUUAUAUAAAAUUGGAUCAGAAGCGGAAAUAUUAAAUGUACUAGAGUAUGAUGAAAUUGAUUUAUUGAAACCAGAUUUAGCUUCAAAAGGGUAUAAAAAAUUUCUUAAUAAAGAAAAUGCACUUGAUUAUAACAAAUUUUUAUCUAAACAUUUUAUCAUUGAUGAUGCUUUAUAUUUAUUAAAGGCUGGGUAUCUUACAGACUCAGAAUAUGGAAAAACAUUACUUAAAAUCAUAAAACUUGAUGAAGCAAAAGGUUUAGAUUUUAUAAAACAAAAUGUGAAUCCAAAAGUCAAUAAAACUAUAAUGAAUCAACUACCUAAAUCAAGCGAGUUGUCGCUAAUACAAAUAGAUCUACUACAACUGGAUGAAAAAUUUGAAGAGAUGUUUGACUUAAUAAUUGAAAUGAUACAAGACUUCAAAAUAAAUGAUUAUCACAAAGAGUAUAGACAAUUAGUGUCUUUAGAUGA